UUGACGCCCCCUCCAGGAUGGCCGGACAUCUCGCGCAUCCAGUCAAGCAUCGUCAGGAGCUCUCCACACUCUACUCGCCCCACCUACAUAGGUCCACAGAUCUACCCUCUCGCCUACCGUCCAGCUCAUGGCCAGACCGCCAACUCUAGCCCACCUGGAAGGCCAAAUCACACGCUCGCGCGCAGCAAGAAAGAGCUACUCAAAUCUCCCUCAUGCCCGCUCGAAGCAAAAUGUCUCUCCGUCUCAAGCUUAGCGAGUCUCAUCGGAACAGCCAGCCUCAGACGAGCGGAAAGGUUCGAAGCAUUCAAGAUCAGGUCAUUUCUUCUUCGGUACCAGCAGCAAAUCUCAAGCAUCCAUGGUUCUCUCGACCCUGGUGGCAACCGCGUCGUACUGGUUAGCCAAGGAUACAGGUUGACAGGACAGAUUGAAGCGGUGAUAGAACAUGGGUGUGCACGCGGUCUCUUGCCUAAUGUCAACAAUGUGGAUCUUCCUGUUUCCAUCGGGUCGGCGGAAAAUUCGGCCUCGCUAGGACUAUACGGAUCUACGGUCGGGAGGGAUGAGCCGCAUACACGUCCUGCUUGGUCGGAACUGGGGCCGAUUGGUGAGGCGAUCCAACCUGCCCUAAACACUCCCCCAGACACUCCAGAUAUGGACUCUACAGACCGACUCCUUCCCAGCCAGGCCUUCCUAAUAACCGUUUGUCGCAACCCUCUCUCUCCCGCCCCUUUUGUCUGUCCAUCCACUUUCAUUGUAUGUGUAUUUGGCCAUAAUUCGCCGAUCUGUUGA